AUGUCUUCAGAAGGGGAUAUUUAUUUUUCUGAGUAUCUUGUUGUUAAUCUGAUUGUUUGGUAUUGUGUUUCUCUCUCUUCACUUUUUUUUUUUUUUCUCCUUUAGGCCCUAGAUGGGUUUUUCUUUGUAGUGAACCCAGAAGGUAACGUUGUGUUUGUUUCUGAAAAUGUCACCCAGUACCUAAGGUACAACCAAGAAGAGCUGAUGAACACAAGCAUAUAUAGCAUCCUGCACGUAGGGGACCACAAUGAAUUCGUCAAAAUCCUGCUGCCAAAAUCUUUAGUGAAUGGGGGAUCCUGGUCUGGUGACACUCCGAGGCGUAAUAGCCAUACCUUUAACUGUCGGAUGCUCGUAAAACCUCUUGCUGAUUCUGAAGAAGGCCAUGAUAGCCAGGAAACACAUCAGAAAUACGAAACUAUGCAGUGCUUUGCUGUUUCACAACCAAAUUCCUUCAAGGAGGACGGGGAAGAUUUGCAGUCUUGCUUGAUUUGUGUUGCAAGAAGAGCUCCAAUGAAGGAAAGGCCGCUUCUUCCUUCAUCAGAGAGCUUUACUACUCGCCAGGAUCUACAAGGCAAAAUAACUUCACUGGACACAAGUACCAUGCGAGCAGCUAUGAAACCUGGCUGGGAGGAUAUGGUGAGAAGAUGCAUUCAGAGGUUCCAUUCACAGCAUGAGGGAGAAAUCUCUUUUGCCAAGAGGCAUCACCAGGAAGUGCUGAGGCAGGGGCUGGCGUUCAGUCCUGUUUACCGGUUUUCCUUGUCUGAUGGCACUAUUGUUUCUGCCCAAACGAAGAGCAAGCUCAUCCGUUCUCAGACGACUAGUGAACCUCAGCUUGUAAUCUCCUUGCAUAUGCUUCACAGAGAGCAGAAUGUCUGUGGAAUGAAUCAGGAUUUGACUGGACAAGGAAUGGGGAAGAUACUGAACCCAAUUAGCUCCAGCAGCCCUGCCCAUCAGGCCAUGUGCAGCGGAAACCCAGGUCAGGAUAUGACCAUCAGUAGCAAUAUAAAUUUUGCCAUAAAUGGCCCAAAGGAACAAAUGGGCAUGCCAGCAGGCAGGUUUGCUGGGUCAGGGGGAAUGAACCAUGUGUCGAGCAUACAAGCAUCCACUCCUCAGGGUAGUAACUAUGCACUAAAAAUGAACAGCCCCUCACAAAGCAGCCCCGGCAUGAAUCCAGGGCAGCCAAACUCUAUGCUUUCCCCAAGGCAUCGUGUGAGCCCGGGAGUCCCGGCGAGCCCGGGCGUCCCACCCAGCCAGUUCUCUCCCGCCGGGAGUUUGCAUUCGCCCGUCGGAGUCUGCAGCAGCACAGGAAACAGCCAUAACUACACCAACAGUUCCCUGAACGCGCUCCAGGCCCUCAGUGAGGGCCACGGCGUCUCUCUAGGAUCCUCGUUGGCUUCACCUGACCUAAAAAUGGGAAAUCUACAGAAUUCCCCUGUGAAUAUGAACCCUCCCCAGCUAAGCAAGAUGGGGAGCCUGGACUCUAAAGACUGCUUUGGACUAUAUGGAGAGCAAUCAGAAGGUACAACUGGACGAGCUGAGAGCAGCUGCCAUUCAGGAGAGCAGAAAGAUAACAGUGAUAGCAACAUGCCACCAGUUGUCAGUGGCGAGAGACCUGAUGGACAGAAUAAACUGCAUGAUGGAAAAGGCCAGACAAAGCUCUUACAGUUGCUGACCACCAAAUCAGAUCAGAUGGAGCCUUCACCUUUGUCCAGUACCAUGGCAGACGUUAGCAAGGACUCCACGGGAGGGUUGCCUGGGUCUGGUUCGGCACAUGGAACCUCACUCAAGGAGAAGCAUAAAAUUUUGCACAGACUAUUGCAGGACAGUAGUUCUCCUGUAGAUUUGGCCAAGCUCACAGCAGAGGCCACAGGCAAAGAGCUGAACCAGGAGUCCAGUAGCACAGCUCCUGGUUCAGAGGUGACUGUUAAACAGGAGCCAGCAAGUCCUAAGAAGAAUAAUAAUGCACUACUUCGCUACUUGCUAGAUAAAGAUGAUACUAAAGAUAUUGGUUUACCAGACAUACCCCCAAAACUGGAGCGGUUGGACAGUAAGACAGACCCUUCCGGUAGCACAAAGUUGAUAGCGAUGAGGACAGAGAAAGAAGAGAUAAGCUUUGAGCCUAACGAACAGCCGGGCAGCGAACUGGACAACUUGGAGGAGAUUCUGGACGACCUGCAGAACAGCCAGUUACCGCAGCUCUUCCCAGACAGCCGCCCAGGCGUGCCAGCGGGCUCGGUUGACAAGCAAGCCAUCAUCAAUGACCUCAUGCAGCUCACCAGUGACGGCAGCCCCGGCACGGCUGUGACCACCCAGAAACCAGCAAUGAGGAUCUCACAGAGCACUUUUAAUAACCCACGAGCAGGGCAACUGGGCAGGUUGUUACCAAACCAGAAUUUACCACUUGACAUCACGCUGCAGAACCAAGCAGGUGCAGGAACUUUCCCACCCAUACGAACAAGCAGCCCCUAUUCGGUGAUACCUCAGCCAGGACUGAUGGGCAGGAGUGAAGGGAUAAUAGGAAGUCAAGGAGCUUUAGGCAACAGCAGCACAGGAAUGAUCGGUGGCAGCGCCCCUCGG